CCCAAAUGGACAUCGUUUUUUUGGACGGUGCCAGACGCUGACCUGGCACAUCCCUAAUCUUGUUCUUGUCUUCCUCGCUCUCUUUCUCUCUCUCUUCCAUGCUUUUGCAGAAUCUGUCUCAUAUAAAAUUCCUAUAACCCACUUUCGAAAUUUUCAAACCCAUUUCUCCUGUAACGAAAGGAAAGGACCCCAUUUCUCUUCCCCUGCCGUCCUUUUCUGCAACUCUUUUACCUUUCUUAGCCAUAGUGGGUAACCUGUACAACCGAAAAAAGAAAAAAGCUAUAUUUACUCUUUCACGAAUGCUUCAAAGCUGCUUUCCUUCCUUGCCGCAGAUGCCUAGGAGGAACCGUCGUUGAUUCUGCCUGUUGCUUUUGUUAUUGGUUCUGUUGGGUUCGAGGGUUUUUCUUGUUGGAGAUUCCUGAAUAUUCCUCCGAUCCUUCCAUGAUUAGUAGGGUUUAUGUCGUUGUUCCCUAGCUCUUCGAAGGCCCUUUCAGGGCUUUCCUGAGGUCAAGAUUCUCAGCAGGUGGACACUGGAGGUGAAAACAUUAACAUAAAACGGCAUUAUGGGUGUGAAAGCUCGCCAAAAUGCAACAGACUCUCCAAGAGCAGAGGUGGGAGAGAUAGACACUAGGACACCAUUCCAAUCAGUCAAAGCUGCAGUCAGCUUGUUCGGUGAAGGAGCCUUUUCAAAGGAGAAACCUGCCGUUAAAAAAUCAAAUUCUUUUUCUGCAGAGAGGGUAUUGGCAAAGGAGACACAACUUCAUCUGGCCCAGAAAGAGCUCAACAAGCUGAAGGAACAGUUUAAAAAUGCUGAAACCACCAAGGCCCAAGCAUUUGCUGAACUUGAAAGGGCUAAAAAAACAGUUGAGGAUUUAACCAACAAAUUGAAAAGUGUAAAAGAUUCCAAGGAGUCGGCAAUUAAGGUGACAGAAGCGGCGAAGAACCAAGCAAAGCAACUGGAUGAAGCAAACUCUGGUUGCCCUGUUGAAACUGACGGUGCUUGGAGACAGGAGUUGGACAAUGCCAGAGAACAGUAUGCAGCCACCAUUUCUGAACUUGAUGCUGCCAAACAAGAACUCAGGAAAUUCCUUCAGGAAUUUGACUCAUCCCUGGAAGAAAAAUCUGCUGCACUCCACCAAGCAGCAGAAGCUGAAGUCACAGCCAAGGCUAAUGCAGAGAAGGCUGCUGAACUGUCAAAGGAGAUUGCAGCCACACAAGAAUCACUUGGGCAUGUGAAGCUGGCUUCUAUGCAAGCCCAGCAGGAGCAAGAAAAGAUUCUUGAGGAAAAAAAUGUCCAAAGGCAGUCUUAUAGAGCUGCCCUGGAAGAAGCACAGAAGAAACUGCUAUCUUUGAAGAAAGAGUUUGAUCCUGAAAUCACCAGGAAUCUCGAAGGUAAGCUUGCUGAAACAGCUGCUGAGAUUGGGGCUUUACAAAAGGAGAUGGAAAAUGCCCGCGCUUCUGAUCUGGAUUCUGUAAGAACUGUGACUUCAGAGCUUGAUGGUGCUAAAGAGGUAUUGCAAAAAGUGGCAGAAGAAGAAAGCACUCUUAGGAGCUUGGUGGAGUCCCUUAAAGUGGAGCUGGAAGCAGUGAAGAAGGAACAUGCUGAACUAAAAGAGAAGGAAGCAGAAACCGAAUCUAUUGCUGGGAACUUGCAUGUCAAGCUCCAGAAAAGUAAGGGUGAGCUUGAAGCAGCCCUUACUGAAGAAUCUAAAGCCAAAGGUGCUUCUGAUGAGCUGAUCUCUACCCUCCAACAGCUAUCGUUAGAAUCUGAAAAUGCAAGAAAAGAGGCAGAAGAAACGAAGAGCAAUGUUGAAGAGCUAAAGAAAGAAGCCGAAGCCACCCGGACUGCCCUGGAAGGAGCAGAAAUGACACUACAGAUUGCACUGAAAGAGGCAGAAGAAGCAAAGGCAGCAGAGGCAAUGGCCCUUGAUCAGAUUAAGUUAUUGUCUGAAAGAACAAAUGCAACUCGUGCUUCAACAUCAGAGUCUGGUGCAAUGAUCACAAUCUCAGAGGAGGAAUUUGAGUCUUUUAGCCGGAAAGUUGAGGAAUCUGAUAAAUUGGCUGAAAUGAAAGUAGCAGCUGCAAUGGCUCAGGUGGAAGCAGUAAAGGCUGGUGAGAAUGAAGCACUAAAGAGGUUGGAGGCAGGCCAGAAGGAGAUUGAGGAGAUGAAGGCUGCAACGGAGGCGGCUUUGAAGAGGGCAGAGAUGGCAGAGGCAGCAAAGAGGGCUGUUGAGGGAGAGCUACUGAGGUGGCGUGAAAAGGAGCAAAAGAAAUCUGCUGAAGCUGCUGCUAGAAUUCUUGAUUCAGAGGUUUCUGCACUUUCAUCGACACAAAACUCCAUGGUUCAGAAGCAGAACCUACCAGAGAAGGUUGUUGGUGUCCGUAAGCUGGAUAAAGAAAAGACAUCUGUCUCAAAGAAGGUACUGUUGUCCAAUCUCAGUGGUAUCUUCCAUAGGAAGAAGAAACAUGUUGAGGGUGGGUCUCACUCUUACCUCCCUGGGGAGGAACUCCUGUGAUUUUAGUUGAUUUUUUUUUUUUUUGGGGUGUUGUUUUGGUUUGCUGAUGACUUGUGCAAGUGUGAAUGAUGUGAGGGGGAAGAAGGGAGAAAAAGAAUAAGUGAUAGAAAAAAAAGGGGGAGGGGGGAGAAGAGAAAAACACCUCCAUGACUUGGUUGUGUAUAUUCUAGUUCUAGAGCACUAGUAUAUAUGUUCCUUCUUUUUUAUGUUAAUAUCUGGAGGGGGGGAGAAGAGAAAAACACCUCCAUGACUUGGUUGUGUAUAUUCUAGUUCUAGAGCACUAGUAUAUAUGUUCCUUCUUUUUUAUGUUAAUAUCUGGAAGGGGAAAACUAUUAAUAAGACCAAGUUCUGAAGUUGAGAAA